UGACAUUUAGGGAUGUGGCCGUAGAAUUCUCUCUGGAGGAGUGGCAAUUCCUGGACACUGCACAGCAGAAUUUAUAUAGAAAUGUGAUGUUAGAGAACUACAGAAACCUGGUCUUCCUGGGUAUUGCUGUCUCUAAGCCAGACCUGAUCAUUUUUCUGGAGCAAGGAAAAGAGCCCUGGAAUAUGAAGAGACAUGAGAUGGCGGAAGAACCCCCAGUUAUAUGUUCUCAUUUUGCUCAAGACCUUUGGCCAGAGCAGGGCAUAGAAGAUUCUCUCCAAAAAGUGACAUUGAGAAGAUAUGAAAAAUGUGGACCUCAGAAUUUACAGUUAAAAAUUGGUUGUACCAAUGUGGAUGAGUGUAAGGUGCACAAAAAAGGUUAUAAUCAGCUUAACCAGAGUUUGACAACUACACAGAGCAAAGUAUUUCAAUGUGGUAAAUAUGCAAACGUCUUUAAUAAACGUUCAAAUUCAAACAGACAUAAGACAAGACAUACUGGAAAGAAACUUUUGAAAUGUAAAGAAUAUGUCAGAUCAUUUUGCAUGCUUUCACACCUAUCUCACCAUAAAAGAAUUUGUACUAGAGAGAAUUCCUACAAAUGUGAAGAAGAUGGCAAAGCCUUUAACAGCUGGUCCUCAAACCUUUCUAAGCACAAGAGAAUUCAUGCUGGAGAGAAACCCUACAAAUGUGAAAAAUGUGGCAAAACCUUUAAGUGUCGCUCAACCCUUAGUUAUCAUAAGAAAAUUCAUACUGGAGAGAAACCCUACAAAUGUGAAGAAUGUGGCAAAAGCUUUAGUGUGUUCUCAAGCCUUACUAAACAUAAGGUACUUCAUACUGGAGAGAAACCUUACAAAUGUGAAGAAUGUGGCAAAGCCUUCAGCUGGUCCUCAAACCUUACUAAACACAAGAGAAUUCAUGAUGGAGAGAAACCCUAUAAAUGUGAAGAAUGUGGCGAAGCCUUUAAGUGGUUCUCAACCCUUUGUUGUCACAAGAAAAUUCAUACUGGAGAGAAACCCUACAAAUGUGAAGAAUGUGGCAAAGGCUUUAGUAUGUUCUCAAUCCUUACUACACAUAGGGUAAUUCAUACUGGAGAGAAACUCUACAAAUGUGAAGUAUGUGGGAAAGCCUAUAAGUGGCGCUCAACCCUUAGUUAUCAUAAGAAAAUUCAUACUGGAGAGAAACCCUAUAAAUGUGAAGAAUGUGGCAAAGCCUAUAAGUGGCCCUCAACCCUUAGUUAUCAUAAGAAAAUUCAUACUGGAGAGAAACCUUACAAAUGUGAAGAAUGUGGCAAAACCUGUAAGUGGUCCUCAACCCUUAGUUUUCAUAAGAAAAUUCAUGCUGCAGAGAAAUCUUACAAAUGUGAAGAAUGUGGUAAAGCCUUUGGCUGUUUCUCAGUCUUUAGUAACCAUAAGAAAAUUCAUACUGGAGAGAAACCCUACAAAUGUGAAGAAUGUGGUAAAGUCUUCAGCUCUUUCUCAGUCUUUGGUAACCAUAAGGUAAUUCAUACUGGAGAGAAACUCUACAAAUGUGAAGAAUGUGACAAAGUCUAUAAGUGGCCCUCAACCCUUAGUUAUCAUAAGAAAAUUCAUACUGGAGAGAAACUCUACAAAUGCGAAGAAUGUGGCAAAGCCUAUAACUGGCCCUCAACCCUUAGUUAUCAUAAGAAAAUUCAUACUGGAGAGAAACCCUACAAAUGUGAAGAAUGUGGCAAAGGCUUUAGUACGUUCUCAAUCUUUACUAAACAUAAGAAAAUUCAUACUGGAGAGAAACCCUACAAAUGUGAAGAAUGUGGCAAAGCUUUCAGCUGGCCCUCAAGCCUUAGGAAACACAAGAGAAUUCAUGCUUGA